CGCGCGCUACAAGCCCCGUCUCUUUUGGGAUGAGAGACGGAUCUGUGGACGAAAAGGGGGAUGAGUGACGAUGCACCGGCACAGAGGUGACUCGAUCCUCGACCAAACAUUGCGCCGCGUCACAAGCGGAGCCUUCCACGACUCCCGCGUCUAUGAAGACUUGAGUAUCGCACGCAGCAUGGAGGCGGCGUCCAGCGUCUCUGCGAAUCGGCUGAACGAAAGCUGCCAGCUCACAAACCAGUCAGCGACCGCGCAGGCUCGUUCAGUCUCCACUGAUACGUUCAGUCUCCGCUGAUUGGAAGCGCACACUCACCGAUGCAAGACGCCCACCUCUGUUCGUGUAUGUUCUCACUGCCGGUGCUUGGACCCGAGAGGUGAGCCUGGCAGACCGUUCAUUUCCCGUUUCUCUCCUUUGAAGACAAGCCCCCCUCCAGCCUCUGGACGGCGGUUUAGUAUCUUCCAUCAUGCCGUUCUUCACACUCGAGGACUUCAAGAUCGCCUUCAGCUUCUUCUGUACCGUGUACGGUAUCGGAACACUGGGUUUACCGGCCAAUUUCGCUCGUUCAGGUGCACCGAUCGCGACGGUGGCGCUGCUGUUCAUGGGUUUCGCCAAUGUCUGCUCUUGCGUUGCCAUCUCCAGAGUGUGCCUUGCAGCACCCAAGCACCUUAAAACCUACGGCGACGUCGGUGAAUGGUGCUGCGGCAAGAUCGGACGCUACCUCGUGCUGCUCGCGCAGUUCGGCGUGUGUCUCCUGGUGCCGUGCGCCUACCUCGUACUGGGCGGCAUCCUACUGGACGGUAUCUCUCCAGGUGCGUUCGACCAGCAAUACUGGAGCAUCAUCAUGGCCGCCAUGUUGCUGCCGGUUAUCGUGACGCCGACGCUCAAGGAAGGAGCGUACGCCGCCUUUGCUGGCUGCAUGGGCACGGUACUCGCUGACGCGAUCGCUAUCGCCGUGCUGGCCGUGGGUAUCGGCAACGACCACCCCUCCGUGCCCCGUCCGGACAUCAAGUUCAGUGAGGCCGCAUCAUCGUUCGGCAACCUGGCUCUGGCCUACUCCGCCGCCGUGCUGGUCCCCGCUCUCCAACGCGAACACUCCCAGCCGGAGCGUAUGCCUCGCGUUGUCGCCUCUACCAUGAUCUUCGCCGCGUGCUGCUUCCUGAUCAUCGGCGAGACGUCGUACUCGUACGUGGGAUGCCAGAUCCCCGGUAACCUGCUGUUCGCCAUCAACGGCCCAGCUUUGGAUCUAGACGCGAGCCGCGGUGCUGUUGUGCUUGCCUACAUGUUCAUGCAACUGCACAUUACCAUCGCCAUGUCCGUCAUCUUGAACCCCGUGCUGUACAUUCUCGAACGCGGCGUGCUGGGCAUGCACAAACGCCCUCUUGUUCUUCCUGUGGACGAGGAAUCUCCCGCAUUUAACGUUAUCAACACUCCCCACAACAGUCUGGGCGAGAAGGAGGGCACGCCUAUUGUCAACGGCCGUCCGUCGAUCACGUCUAUGGCUGAUGCCGAACACGACCUGACCCCGGAAGCUCUUCUGAAUGAAUACCAUAACAGCGGCCCCAUAGUGAUCGCAAAGUACGUGACGCUGCGCAUCUGCGUUGUGGUGAUUCUGCUUAUCCUCGCCAUCAUUUUCAAGGACCAUUUCAUGGAUUUCUCGGACUUUGUCGGCGCCUGGGCGGUGUCUCUCGCGUGUAUCAUCCUACCGAUCUUCUUCUACCUCAAGGUGUUCUGGAAUACCACACCGUGGUACGAGAAGGCUAUCGGCACGUUCAUUAUUGUUGUGUGUGCUGGACUCGGCGGCUACGUGACGUACACGACCGGCCACGACCUGUUCCUCGACAUUGUGAGUGACAAGACGUUCCCCUACUGCCCGGACGAGUACUCGGAGGUCGUGUACACCAACACUUCCUACUACGGCAACAACUAGACGCCCAUGGCUGCUCCAACCAAAGGGAGAGAUGCUGUUAUGCAUAAGCAAUAGCACCGUAACUCCCUCGUGGUGGCAAAGCUGGCCUUGACCGUCUUGUUUGUCGCUAUUAAAGUUGAAGCUCCUCAUAGUUAAGUAGGUAAAUAAAAGGAAUGAUCUAUUGCAAAAAAGACUUUCCAGAUCUGAAAUGCUGUCGAUCAGCCAUUUA